AUCUCUCGACCGAGUCUCUCGCGUCUGCGGACCGAUCCGAGUCGACGUGCUGGGCAAGAUCGCCGAGGCGACACUGGGUGGUUUGACCUAUCUAUACUCAAAGUUGCAUAUUAUGCACCGCGACAUCAAACCCUCCAACAUCCUCACGAAUUCCAAGGGGCAUAUCAAACUGUGCGAUUUUGGUGUUUCGGGUGAGCUUGUCAACUCCAUUGCCGACACCUUUGUCGGCACAUCGACAUACAUGGCGCCAGAGCGAAUUCAGGGCGAGAGGUACACGGUAAAGUCGGACGUCUGGAGUUUUGGCUUAACGAUUAUGGAAUUGGCUAUUGGCAAAUUCCCUUUCGCUGCUAGUGAACAGCUCUCGGACGGAGAUGGCGCGCCUGCUGGCAUCCUUGAUUUGUUACAGCAAAUCGUACACGAACCUGCGCCGAGACUACCCAAGAGCGAUGCUUUCCCGUCGAUUAUGGAAGACAUGAUCCAGAAAUGCAUGUCCAAGGUUCCUGAUGAACGGCCUACGCCCCAGGAGCUCUGGGAAAAUGACCCCUUUGUCCAGGCAGCGAAACGGACACCCGUUGACCUCCGUGCAUGGGCAGUAGGUCUGAUGGAGAAGGACAAUCGAAAAUCUCAUCUUGCGCCACAGCUUUCACCAGCUACUCAGGAACUCCUUCGGUCUGGUGACUCCCCAAGUCUCCAGCAUGACACGAACCCGGCCUUCACGCCGACUUCGGGUGAGAUCCCCAUCGCGGGUGCCAUGAUUUCGCCCCGGGAUCAUCACCAUAUGCAAAAUCGAUCGCCGACGAGAAACGGAGUUGGCAGCGUCGGACGAGCCGCUGGAUCUAAUAUGCAUCCAGGAUUGGGUCAGAGAUCUGCCACAUCUUCAUCCAUUCCCAAGGUCGGAACACCGGACCUAUCUCACCCGGCCAGCGCUGGCGCAUCAUUCACACUCCCAGUCCGGCCGGCACCACCCGGAGGCCCACUGCCUCCACCUCCACCGAGAAAGGAGACACCGGACGAAAUGCGUAGGGAGAACCGACGACAGGCACAGUUUGGACCACCAUCGAAUGGCAACUAUGGGGCGAUGGGUUAUCCACAAAAAUAG